CCCACAGUAUUUUUUUUUUCCUGUCCAAAUGCUCCAGGGAUGAUGAGUGUAGUGAACGGUGGAGCGAUAGUACGGAUCACCCCCUGAUGUAGAAGGCUUGUCACAAAGCGAUGACAAUCUUACAGCGGGAGAGGGCUGUGCCAUUGCCUGACAGGUGGCCAAGGGUCAGCAAAUUCAUCCUGUCCGCCUGUGCAGCUACGGUGGCCGAAUUAGUGACAUUUCCACUGGAUCUCACCAAAACUCGUUUGCAGAUUCAGGGAGAAUUGGCUUCAAAACAUCAUGGAGAUGGGGGAUCAUCUGUGCCAUACAGAGGGAUGGUGCGUACAGCAGCCGGCAUUGUGCAGGAGGAAGGCUUGCUAAAGCUUUGGCAAGGAGCCACGCCAGCAGUCUAUCGGCACAUUGUGUACUCUGGAGUACGGAUGGUGGCCUAUGAGAAUCUUCGAGAAUCACCUCUUGGAAAAGGGGAAGAUGAGAUUUUCCCAUUGUGGAAAGCAGUGAUAGGGGGAAUGACAGCCGGUGCUAUUGGUCAGUUUUUUGCCAGUCCAACAGAUUUAGUAAAAGUUCAGAUGCAAAUGGAAGGAAAGCGAAGACUGGAAGGGAAACCACUGCGGGUGCGAGGGGUUUACCAUGCGUUUGUGACAAUUGUGUCCAAGGGAGGAAUCCGUGGACUGUGGGCAGGUUGGGUGCCAAAUGUACAGAGAGCCGCUCUGGUAAAUAUGGGAGAUUUGACCACUUAUGACACUGUAAAGCACUUUCUGUUGCGAAACACAAAUUUAAAAGACAAUAGUUUUUGUCAUUCUCUUUCCAGUAUAUGCGCAGGGUUGGUGGCUGCUACUUUAGGAACUCCUGCUGAUGUAGUCAAAACCAGGAUAAUGAAUCAACCUAGGGAUAUGAAUGGAAGAGGCAUUCUGUAUAAAUCUUCCAUCGACUGCUUCAAGCAAACAGUACAAGGUGAAGGCUUUUUGUCUCUUUACAAAGGCUUUAUACCUACAUGGAUGAGAAUGGCUCCCUGGUCAUUAGUGUUCUGGCUGACUUAUGAACAGAUUCGACGGAUAGUGGGAGUUAGUUCAUUUUAAUACUUUCACAGGGAGUGGAUAUGAAAGAAAACGACAUUCAACCCAGCAACAAUUCUCAGUCAAAAUGUUAUUUUGCUUAAUGGCAGAUAAAGCUGACUGAUAGCCAAGUUCUAGUUCUGAAAUUAAAAGUGCUGAAUUUACUACUAAACAAUUAGGAGCACUCUGCAAAUAUUCAUUAUGACAAAUGUGUUUUGUUAGAGCAUUGCUGACUUUUAGAAAUAAAAUAUUUCAAAACUU